CCCCCUGUCGGACCAGACCCAAGGCCAAGCUCCUGUUCCUGGAGUCCCGGGGAGUAUGGCGAACUCUGACUUCAGCCUCAUUGCAAAAACUCAGAGCAGGCAACCUCCUGGCCAAUCAUACUAGUUUACUAUUCCCUGCCUACGACUGGAUGCUGGAUAUGGAGGGCUGGGCCAAGAGAGAUUCUCCAAACAUCUCUCCAACGUCUACGGAGCUAGCGUGGGUUCUCUCGCUUCCCCUGCACAAAUCGGCUGGAACGAUCCAACGCAACCCCGUCUUCCUCUGGAAAGACAACCCAGGAGGUCGGGCGUAGUCGGGCAAAGGGCAACCCGGAGUCCCAAGUUCUGUCCUGGCGCAUGCGCCCUCCUUGCAGGCACACCCUCCCAUUUGAUGGCCACGCCCCUGCCGUAUGGGCACCUCAGCCCGCCCAAUCGCCAGCAACUGGCGGUGAGCCCACACACGGCGCCUACUCAGACACGCUCUAGUCCGACUAGCUGCUCUAACCUGCCUAGACGCUCUGACCUGACUAGACGCCCGAAGAGCCUUGAAGGAGCCGGGUCGCGGGCCGCCACUCCAGCCUUGAGCCAUGGAUCCCAGAGCAGAAUCCCCAGAAGCACACGGCCUCUUGGACAGCACUCGGGACCUGGAGCCUCCACAGCAGUGCAGCGACGAGGGAGACGACGAGGACCGGGAAGAAGGGCAUGAAGCGAAACGUGUGGAGAUCUCGCUUAGCGCAGACGGAGGAGAAGAGGAAGAAGGGAUACAGGCCGAACCUGAGCAGGAAGCAGCAGCAGCAGCCGCACAAGGGAAAGAGGCAGGAGACGGAGCAGGAGAAGGAGAAGAAAAGGACGACGGCGCCGUUGGCGCUGGAGCUCCCGCGAACCGCGAGGCCGGCGGCGAUGGCGGCCGAGAAGCGGGAGAGCAGGGGCCGGAGGAGCAGCCCCCGCAGGCCGCCGUCGAAUGUCCGCAGCCUGGAGCCAGGCGGCAGGCGGGCCGCCGCGCCACGUUCACCCCGGUGCAGCUGCGGGAGCUGGAGGGCGUUUUCCGCCACACUCCGUAUCCCGAAUUGUGGUUGCGACAGGAGCUUGCUAGACGCAUGGGUGUGACUGAAGCCAGGGUGCAGGUGAGUAAACCUGAACAAAGCAGCUCGGCAGGGCAGCCCUUCUAAAACCUGCUUCUGUCCUACACGGUCUCACGUUUGUGUGUUUUUGUUGCCUCUUCCGUGUUUGGGAAAUGAGUUUUGAACUUUGGGGUCCUGGUGGGUGGAAAACGGGGUAAGUAAACAGCAGCUUUUGGAAACUGCCCGUCACCAGAAGGAACGUGAUUUCCUAAAGGAGAAAAAAAAAUGAUCAUUAGUACACUGUUCCUUAUAUACAAAGGUAGAUGUGUAUGUAUAGCUCAACUCCUUUUGACACGGGUAUCCUUUAGGUAACACUUGUGUGUGGAGUCACAUUGGGGUUAAGUCUGAAGUGGAAAUUGCUCAGAUGAAUGCACCAAGAAGUUCCAUUAUACUAAAUUACUUAAAACCAAGCAUAAGCUCUUUAUGUAAGGAGUGAAUUUAUAAGUAUCUAGGCAUUGAAGAGGGGGCGUAAUUCACACAUAGAACACAGCAGAGGAGCAGCUGAUGUGUGUUUGGUUCGGCCGAGACCGGUGGGGAGGGUAUAGCAUGAGUCCAAGCGCCUGGUCCUCCUGCCGUUGUUUUGAAGUGUUUGGCAGAGUGGUGUAGAGAAUGGCGGCCCUAAAUUUUAAUCUUCUGCAAUUCUUUGAU